UAACUACAAUGAUUUUGGUGUUCAUCUUGUUGUGCUAAUGAGGUAUGGCAACUUGGACUGAUGCAUAUAUGUGCUUAGUUCUACGUCAUAGGUGACUGACUGAUGGAUCGUUAUCUUUGUCGUCCAACUAUUAAUUACGUCAUUCAGAAGUAUAACGCUUUGCUACAGAAGCUGUUUAUUACUUUGAUUUCUUUCCAACUUUCCAGUGUAAACAAGUUCCAUUGUUCACAAUACUAAUCCCAAUCACUAAUAUAUUUAGCAUUCUAACAGUCGACGUUUAAUUUUGAUGUUGUAUGUAAGUUGUCGACUUCAUCUUGAUAUUUUGUCAGUAUGUCUCAAAAACAGAUCAAGUCCUUUUGGUUGAUUUUUUAAUUUUCUCUAAAUAGGAUGUCGGAUGAUAUAUGGGAGGAGAGUGCUGUCAAAGGAUUUCAAUUUGAUUUAGAGGAAGCUGAUAAUACUUCAACGUACUCUCAUAUUCUCGGUGAUAGCUUUGGUGAAACAUUUUGUGAUGAAUCAAUAACAAUAGACUUUAACAAUCAAUUUUGUACAAUAUGCCAUAACUUAAUCGGUAAUGAGAUUUACUAUGAAAAAGAUGCUACGUUCUGUUCAGAGGCAUGCUGGUUGAAAGCAAUUACAAUAGCUCUUGAUGAUUUUGUUGUUGGGGGAAUGAGUACAUGGCCAUUGAGUACUUUUGUUUCACAAUCUUCUAAAUCAGUUAUUUUAAAUUUGACUACGAGCACUUUUGAUGGAAAUUUAAUUACAAAGAUUGUUAAUGAACUUAGGAAUUCAUUAUCAGAAAGCACUUUUGAAAACAUUUUGCUAAAAAACCCCGUAGCCGGGUUUCAUUUUCUUAACUUCCUUAGAAAUACUGGACAGUUAGUAGACUUAAAGAAAUAUAUGAAAAUACUAGGUUUUAUCAGAGAAAGUGAAAUUUCUAGCUAUAGUCAGUUGAUGCAAAAGUUGAUGAAUUUAUCGUCGGGUCAUGUAGACGAAGUUAAUAAACAUUUAAUGCAGAUUGCAGAAUCUGAAGUAGCCUCAAAUCUUGCUGUUAAAAAUAUUGUUGAAAUCUCUUCUGAAUUGGCUGUUAUCUUGGAUUAUCAGAACAGCUAUGAAAGAGAAUGGAGUUCAUAUUACAGUGAACUUCUUAUACGUACAAACGCCCGGAAAAACGCUACUACACUUCCUGAGAGUUUGUUGAUGCAGCCAUUAUGCGAAACUCUUGGUGCAUUGGCGAGGAUGGAUCAAAGCAUUAAGACCAAUAGUCGGGCUGAAACUCUUGGGAAAAAGUUCAAAAUAUCGGAUGAACAGUUUAGAUGGUUGUUGAUAGAGCCCCUUGUUCAGUCACGAAACUGGGACGAUCUGGAAUUUAUCAUGUUAAAAAAGAAAUCUUUGUCGCGUCGUAUGGAGGUUACCAUCCCAACUGACCGUUUUAUCCUUCAUCUCAAUUCAUUAGGUGUCCCAAACAAUAUUAUUGAAAGUUACUUGAAAUAUCUAAGUGAUGAUGAGUUUAUACAGAUUGUUAUUCGGUUAAAUAUGGUCGAUGAAGCGGUUAAACUCUGCUUGGAAAAGCGAAAUAUCAACGCUUUGAAGGAACUCAUGUCUCAAAUACCUGGCAAUCAUCAAAAGAAGAAAGAAAUAUCUCACUAUCUAUCAGUUCCUGUUGCACAGUGGAAAGACUUUGUUUGUAGACAAGCGUUUUGA